AUGAAGCUGGUGGCGCGACUGCGCGGCCGGCGCGACAGCUCCUCGGGGUCCGGGACGCAGCCCGCCGGCUCGGGCAGGGACAGGUCUCGCUCGCUGUGCGUCGACCGGCUGGCGUCUCUGCUGCGCCCGCCGCCCGUCCUCGUCACCAGGGACGUCACCCUCCAGCAGGCUCUGCAGCGCCGCCGCGCCUCAUCCGCCAUCUCUUCAACCACUGAUUUGAUCUCCCGUCGCGGCGUCUUCAGCCGUCGCCAUUAUGGAUCAGUAGAAUUGCUGCCACAGAUUGAAGCAAACGGCCAUGAACUACAAGGGAGACGCUUUCGAGUUGAGAAUGGAGAAUCACUGGGUGAACGUGAAGAAAUGUUCGGUUCACCGAGCACGCCGGUCCUUGAGAACCCAGAGUACCAGACGCGCUGGUACUUCAAGUACUUUCUCGGCAAGCUUCAUCAGAAUUACGUGGGAUCUGACAGCGAGAAGGUGCCGUUCUUCCUCUCUGUGGUGCUUACCGAUGCAAACAACCAAUGCGUCCCACAGUAUCGAGUAAUAUUGUGGCGUAAAACGGGGUCGCAGAAAAUUUCUCUUGCUUACUCACCCAACAAGCCAACAACAGUCAAGCAAAUUCUCUGCAACUUCUCUUGUGUGGAGAAACUGGACAAGGGACCAAGGGAAAUAUUUACACCUGAUUUGCAGAAGGACCUGCUUCUGUUGGAAGAGCAAGAGGGAUCAGUGAACUUCAAAUUUGGCGUCCUUUACACUAAGCCUGGCCAGUCAACUGAUGACGAAAUGCUCAGUAAUGAAUUUGGAAGUGACGAUUUCAACAGAUUCAUAAAUCUUCUCGGAGACCAGGUUCGCCUCCGUGGAUGGGACAAAUAUCGUGGUGGUCUGGAUGUUAAAGGAGAUAUGACUGGCAAGUACUCAAUCUACACAAUGUAUGAAGGUCACGAAAUAAUGUUCCACAUUUCAACAAUGUUGCCAUACUCUAAGGAAAACAGACAACAGGUCGAAAGGAAGAGACACAUUGGAAAUGAUAUAGUUAACAUCGUUUUUCUGGACGGAGGAAGCGGACAUAUGUGUCAUUUCAACCCUUCUUACAUCAAAUCACAAUUUACUCACGUAUUUGCUCUAGUGACAUACAAUUCACUGGAAGACAGUUACCGUCUAGCCAUCUAUUCUGAAGAAUCCGUACCGCUGUUCGGUCCAUCUCUGCCGUGCCCGCCGGUGUUCUACGACCAUGAGGAAUUCAGAGAGUUUCUCCUGGUCAAAUUGAUCAACGGUGAAAAAGCAGCUUUCAACACGCCAACAUUUGCACAGAAACGUGAACGCACACUGGAUAUGCUCAUCAAGGACCUCUACUCGGAACACAUGAUCGAAGGAAGAGGGACGAUGCUGAACAGGAGGGCUUUCAGCGACGUGCUGCCCGACGCACCGAGGGGUUCACGGCGCAAGGAGGAGGCGCGCCAGGUGGAGUUCGUGCGCGCAGGGCAGGCGCUCAAAUUGGACACCAUCAUGCGUGGCGACGCUCCGACCAGCCUCGCCUCAUCCUCCAUGUUCAAACGCCCGCCAUGGGAGCCCGCCUGCUUCUACCCGGACUUCCCGCACGAGACCUUCUGCGGCGAUUCCUGGGGAGACAACAAGCUCAUUGCCGCAACCGAGGCUGGAGUCUUCGUCAUUGAAGAAAGCACAUCUCAUCGACUGAUAUUUGACAAGACAGUUCCCGUGAAACAGCUUAGCGUCAUCGAGGCACAUGGCAUACUUCUUCUCAGAGCUGAAAAAGGUCGUGAAUGCAAGAUCCACGUGUUUCGACUGUCAGACUUCGACAGCGAAGUUGAAGGUGGCCCUCCUCUGCCGGCCCGGAACCGCAAUGAUCUCAAGGACUUCCGCCUGGAACGCACCAGGGGCUGCACUCUGUACGCCACAAGCAGACCAGGAGGAUCACAUCUCCGUGUGGUGGCAGCCCUCCAGAAGAAACUGUUGAUAAUGCAGUGGAGACACUCAGCUGCCUGGACUGCUUGGUGCCCUGCUAGUGACACAGAUACUGUAGAAGGCUUUCAGUAUAUCCGGGAGAUACCAUUAUCAGAACAUCCAUCACUGAUGACAUUUGUGGAUGGUGGCCUAACACCUAGUACUGAAACAAAUAUAUGCUUAGGAUAUCGUCAUCAGUUUGACCUUGUGAAUGAACACUCAGGAGAGUACAAGCACUUACAUACAGUGGAGUCAUCACGGGCACAUCUUGUUGCUGCUAUUGAUCUUUAUGAAGAUGAAGAGCCAGAAUUAUUACUCUGCUACAAUCAUACUUGUCAUUUCCAGAAACUUGUACCAGGAAAAUCAACAACUGACUAUGAUUUCCGCUGGAAUGCAAUACCAUCAGCAAUAGUCUGUGCUUUUCCUUACAUCUUUGCUUUUACUACUGAUGCAAUGGAAAUCCGACUAAUCAUCAAUGGAAAUUUGGUGCAAACAACUGUUAUGCCAAAACUCCAUUUUAUUUGUGCCAAGAAUGACAUAUACUUUGCAACAACUGCACCUGAGUUCUUUCAUAACAAAGAUGCCCAAGUUCAUGUAGAUGCUCCAGAAAAAGACCCAGCAGUAGGGGCAACUGAAUCACCCUCUACAUCACCAGAUGCUAGACCAUUUCGCCUUUUCCGCAUACCAAUGCAGACACUGAGUGGAGCAAUUCCACCCUGUGGGCGACGUUGUCCAACACCAUGUGAUCCAGGAAGUUCUUCAGCUUCCAGUUCUGGAGCCCGGGGUCUUGUAGUUCCUGGUGCUGAAGGGAGCUCUGCACAGAGACAGCCACUGCAAAAUGAGCAUGCUCGUGGCUUGAGCCGCAGCUGCUCAUCCUCGCCCACACCACAUCAGCCAUCCUUCCUUGCACCACCAAAGUGA